AUUACUGAAGAACCAGCACUGGAAAAUCCGACAGGAAAGCAAAGGCGAAAACCGCUAACAAGACAAGCGCAGGCAAAGAAAAUCCUGAAAAAAGGUGUAAGAGUGAACGUGCGAAAAGUAUUCACCGAUGAUGGAUUGGAAGAAGAAACGGAACAUGGUACUGCAGCUGCUGACAGAAUGCCUGGAAGUGAAGACGGAGGGUUGGGUACUUUUGAUGUAAAUGAAGCGAAACGUGAAAUGGAACGAGUCGAUCAACAGGAUAAACUAACUUACAAAGAGAAGAUGAAGAAAUGGAAAAAGGUACUCCACUUAUUUCGAGAUGUGUUUUUCAUUCUGUAA